AUGUCUGAAAGUAUAGCAUUUCGAUCGAAAAAUUCUGCAAGUCAAACAAAACUUAUCAGUCAAUUAGAACGUCAAUUUACUACUAUUACACAAUUAUUAUAUACAACAAGUGUACCUGGUGCUUUACUCGAUCGACAACUACUACCUUAUAUUGCUGAUGAUAUUAUUUUUAAAGAUCCAUGGCAAGAAGGUGGCAAUAAACAACUCUAUAGAAUUGGAAUGAAGGGUUUUCAUAAUAUGUUUCAUUUUACAUUCGAUACCUUCCAAUUAAAUGUUAAAUUAAAUGAUGAUGGAAUUACAGGACGUUGUAUUGUUGAUGGUAUCAUGAAUUUACAACAAUUUUCAUGGAUUUAUACAUAUCCAUUACGUUCAAUAUUUGUUUAUGAAUUUCGUUUAAUAAAUAGUCAAAAUAUUGAUGAACCACAAUUUGAAAUAUUUCGACAUGAAGAAAUGUGGUCAUUUGCAGAUAUGAUCGAUGGAAUACCUGGUGUUGGUUGGUUAUAUAAAAAUCUUUUUCGUCGUGGAUUUGGUUAUUUUUUUGUCGGUCUUUCAGCUAUAAGUUGUGUUGUUCAUGAUCGUUUUAUUCAAGCAACUAAGAAAAAAGAGUGA